GCUCCUCCCCGCGGCGCCCGGCGGCCAUGGCGGUGUACCGCUGCUCGCUGUGCCGCCGCACGUUCUUCACCGGCCGCCGCCAUCUGUACAGCACCGCGCACCGGCGGCGGCUGCAAGAGGCGCUGGGCCGCUUGGAGGAGGAGGUGGCGGCGGCGCGGGCGGCGCUGGACGGCGCUGCGGUGCGGCGCUACGACCCGGCGGAGCACGAGCGGCGCGUGUGGUGCCUGUGCUGCGGGCGAGGCGUGCGGAGGGACGGGAGGAGCGGAGCGUUGGCUCUGCCCCACGCCGGGCUCCUGCAGCACCUGGCCGGGGCUGAACACCGACGGGAGACGGUGCGGUUCUGGAGGGAGAACCGCGCGGAUGCGGCGCUGCGGGAGCGGUUCGUGGUGCCGGCUGAGGAAUACGAGCGGUUCGCCGCGGCGUUGCGGAAGGCGGUGGGAGCGCACGAGGAGCGCGAGGAGGAAAACAUCCGGCAGAUGGCGGCCCGCAUCCGGGAGGCGGAACGGAGGCAGCGGGACACCGUGCGGGCGGCCCUGGAGCCUCCAGCAGAGACAGAGCGUUGUGUUGGACCUCCCGGCUGCAGCUCCGCUGUGGGAUCCGCCCGGGACACCUCUGGUUGUGCUGAGCUGCCCGGCCCAAGCGUGAUGCAGGCAGGACCAGAUUUAAGCUGGAUGGAAUCAGGCCAGGCUUUGACCUUCAUUGGCCACCAGGAAACAGAAGGGAAAGGAAACGUUCAUACAGGAGCAAAACCUCCCUGGCUAACAGAUGAAGAAGAGGAGGAUGGAAGCAAACAACAAAUUGGACCUUCGUAUGAGGAAUUUCUCAAGCAAAUGGAGAAGCAGAAGCUCAAAAAGCUCCCAGCAGAGCGUGUUGGUGCCAAUUUUGACCAUACCUCCCAGACAGGGGACAGCUGGCUUCCUUCCUUUGGCCGGGUUUGGAAUCAUGGCAGGAGGUGGCAGUCCAGGCAUCAGUUUAGAGCCGAAUCAGGAGGAAAGAAGAAAAAAAGGUGAUCAGAAGAACACAGAACAAACCAGGCUCUGAAAAGGUGGACUAGAGAUAGUUGUACCUUCUAUUAGGGCCAGGGUUUUCAGUACUCGUGUAUGUAUGUACACAUCUAGAUACAUUCCGUCUCUUGAAAGGUCAUAUUAGUACGGAAGUGAUGAGUUGAGCACUAUUAUUAUUGAAAGCUAUGUGGCAAGGGGAUGCUGCAGCAGAUUCACUCUCCCUCUAAAGGAUGUGUACCAUCUAAGCAUUAAUUUCUGAAGUCAUAGACAAUACAAAGACAGAUCCUGCCAGCAGGAAUAGCCCAGUGCCUAGGCAGUGCCUUCAUAGACAGAAAUUCCACCUUACACAGCAGGUCAUGCCAGUGUCCUACGUUGUAUUUUAGCAAAGUAUCUCUUUAAAUAAAUUAAACUUGUUAAAAAAUCCA